AUGACUACCAGGCUACCCGGGAUCGUGUCUAAAAGAUUCGAGAUGGCGAGCGAAUGUCAUCAGACCGUGUUGUACUGGAUAACAAGUUCUCGCUCUGCGGCCAGUAAUGAGAAGCAAGAUCAAACAGAUGAUGGAUGCGAAUCAGGUGGCCUCGCGACCAAGCUACGCGACAGAUGGCGACUUGGCAUCACCCCACCUGGAGCUCUCAUGGCUAGAAUGAUGCCGACUUCUAGGGACUGCAUUCUUUCCAAGUACAAGCUGCACGAACUCAAGAAGAUCGAAGAGUUUGUUGCAGAAUGCGUUGAGAUCAAGGUGCCAUUCAACGACCAAACUACUGGGUUCUGCGCAUUCACUCACAAGGCUGGCAUCCAUGCCAAGGCAAUCCUCAACGACCCCUCCACGUAUGAGAUCCUCAAGCACGAGGAUUUCGGUCUAUCAAGAUACGUGCACUUCACAUCCAGACUUACUGGAUGGAAUGCCAUCAAGAGCCAUAUUGACCAGCUUGGUCUGAAGAUGCCCGAUGCCCAGGUCAAGGAAUGUACGGCUAAGUUUAAGAGCAUAGCGGAUCUCAAGGUGGUGACACUUGAUGAGAGCGAUGCUCUGAUCAGAAGCUUUCAUUUAGAACUGCAAAAUGAAAAUGGAGCAUAG